CACAUGACCAAGGAGCAUGUCGUGAACCUGAUAUAAUUUAUUUCGACUUGUUCCCGUGCUUAUCAGCAAACCUGUCCCAGUCCUCAUUACGUCACUACAUCACACUGUGGCGGGUGGAGAGACGGGUGUCGGGACACAAGAUGGCAGCUGCCAGAAAGCUGGAGAGUCUGAAUGAGAACUUCUUGACCUGUUCCAUAUGUACGGAGGGAUACAAAGACCCCUGUACUCUGACCUGUGGCCACACCUUCUGUAAGGACUGCCUGGGGAAAUUCCUGAAGACCAGACAAGACGCCAUCAGAGCCAAGUCCAUCCCGUGUCCCUACUGUCGUCAGAUGACGCGAGCUCCCCAGCCUGACAGACCAGUGGAGGAGUGGGUGAAACAGAUCAAGCCCAGUUUCCUCAUACAGGGACUUCUGGACACUCUAGCCUGUGGGGGAAAUACUGAUCAUGAUACAGAAAACCGCUGCCAUCCCUGCCAGGAUCUUGGAGACAGUCAUCCGGCCAACGCCUACUGUCAAGACUGUGAUGUGCCGCUCUGUGAGAGAUGUGUGAAGAUGCAUGCAUCUCUUCCUGGUACGUCAAACCACGUAAUUGCUGACCUUGGUGGAGCUGUAAAGGUCACUAGACGACAGAGGUGCACGGAACACAACGAAAUCUUUGUGGAUACGGAACUUCGUAAGAUACAGAGUGGCACAUCUGACGUCAUGUGCAGGCCAGUGUUACACAAGACAGUCGGCAUUAGGGUCGAUGGCGACAGGGAGCAGCCGUAUCCAUAUGACAUCACAGUCCUGGUUGUGGAUGGUGAGGACACACUGGUGGUCACUGACCGCAACAAUACAUGUUUGAAAUCCUUCUACACAAAGAAAAACAUAUCACGACACAGUAAACUGGAUCUUGCAAGUAAACCAACCUCUGUGACGAGGCUGGGGGACAACAAGGUGGCUGUAUCAUUCUGGUCACACAAUGAGAUUGUAAUAGUAUGGGUGACCCCUGACCUGGUGCUACAGCAUCGUGUCACAACAAAGAAGAAGUACAUUGGUCUGACAGCCUUGAGUCCUACAACAUUAGCAGCAGGUUGUGGGGAUCCUCCCUGUGUUGAUAUCCUGGAUGUAUCGGGGAGAGUGAUGACGUCAGUCAGUACAUUCAACACUGGGAAGAACCUAAUGCGUUACCCCAGCUUCCUCUGUGCUACGGACAGGGGCAACAUCCUGGUGUCAGAUGCUGGCUCACACUCUGUCUACUGUAUCACACCAGAGGGAGAUGUUGUGUUCACCUACACCCCUACAGGAGAGAGGAGACUGAGCGAACCACAAGGUAUCACAACUACCAGCACAGGACACAUCCUGGUGGCGGACUGCUGGGCACACGAGGUGGUAUUACUGACACCAGCAGGGGAGUUUGUCAGAGACCUGCUGACGUCACAUGAUGGACUACAGGAUCCAUACGGCUUGAUGUUCUGUGACUGUAAACUGUAUGUGGCGGAAUGUUAUGAAGAUGCUGUGAAGGUAUUCAACUGCAGUAUUCCCCAAUGAGACGCCAGGAAGCAAAACAUACUCGGAUCACGUCGCGGGGAACUUUUUAUGAUGAAAAUUCAGAAAUGUGCCCAAAAUGAACAGUUCGUUUUGUAUAAAAUGCCUCAAACGCCAACCACAUUUGAACAUAGAUUACAGUGAAUGAGUGUAUAUGAUAAUGCGCCGCUUUUAGCAGUAUUCGGGCAAUACCCUUACCACAAAGGGGGCACAUUGACCAACCGAACCUGGGACAUCGGCAGGACGAGCGAACGUUUGUUUCCGCAUACGCAUGACAAGCACAUAAGGAAUUAUAAGAUUAGUUGUAGUGGCUAUUUUCGGUAAAAUGUUGGGACAAGACAAGAUUAAUGCAGGUCGUAGACGUUUACAACUUUGGAGAAACCCACAAGCUCGAAAACGGUGCUGACAAACCUAGAAAAUUAAUCAGGGCCAGCCUGGGAUUCAAACCCACAACUGUAGGUGCCUAUCACGUCUAAGGGACGCAAUUACGCAAUCAAAUCUCGGCGCCACAGGGUACAACAUACGUUCUCUAAGGUAAAGGAAUCGAACCCUGAAUAAUGCACUUACUCAUAUAGCUACAAGUUCACUUUCAUUAUCCAGCAGGGGGCACGGGUGGCCCAGUCGUCUAAGGCGCCGAGAUUCGCUGUGCAGAGUUUAGCCCCUUGGGCACGCCAGAAACCUAUGAUUGUGGGUUCGAAUCCUGGUUCGCCCCAAUUAUG